AUGAAUGACCAUUUGGACAAUGCGGUAGGCCCGUCUCAUUUGAACAAAACGACUUUAGUGGAUCAAAGGAAGGGUCAUCGUAAUCUGACUGACAAUAGAUAUGAUGCACUGGUGGAUGAUGACGGAUCGAGUGGGGAAAAUGCUGACAAUGCCGAGGCUGUGGACAAUGAUGCCACUACUAUUGACGGUGAUGCCUACCAACAACCAAAUCAGGACAAUGAUGACGAUGAAAUACUAGUGACGGAGGUCCGAAACAAUCCAAGACGCCCACCACUUUCUUCAGAUGAUGAUGAUAAUGAGGAUGAUGAUGCGGUGAGCAAUGGGGGGGGGUUCAGACAGAAUCUGUAG